GUGUCUCAGUUGCUGUCGGUUUGAAGUUAAUGGCUAGCGCAACGCUAAACGCGAACUCAAUCAAAUAAUAAUAUUGUACAAGCAAAAUAAACUCAAUAAAGUUAAGCUUUAGUACCGGGUUCAUUAGAUCAAUUGAAAGUGAAUUUUUGUGUGCCAUUGUUGCCUUUGGUUAUUUAGGCUGGGUGUUGCCAGCGAAGGUCUUUUGGCAAAAUCGAUUGAACACAGUUAUUAAUACAAAAACAAAAUGAAAGUGCUACAACAUUUACUGUUAGUUGCUUGCCUGCUGUGCAGCUUGGUCAGCGGCCAGGACUAUCAGGAUUAUCAGGAGAAUGUACCACGCCCAGCGCCACAUAGGCUACGCGCCAAUGCUGCACCACAGUCCGAGGCACCACGUCCCACACCCGUGCCCAUUCUCAAGCAGAUCAACAAACACAAUGAGGAUGGCUCUUAUACUUAUGGGUAUGAGGGUGCUGAUGGCUCAUUUAAAAUUGAAACCAAGCUGGCCACCGGUGAGGUUAAGGGCAAAUAUGGUUAUGUGGAUGAAACUGGCAAAGUGCGCGUCGUUGAAUAUGGUGCCAAUAAGUACGGCUUCCAGCCUUCAGGCGAAGGCAUUACUGUAGCGCCACCCACGCUGGUUGAUGAGUCCACCAAGGAGGAGCCUGACUACGAGGAUGAGCCAGCUCAGCGGCCACAGCGUCCAUAUCGCGUGCAGCGUCCGCAGCAGCAGCAACAGCAUCAUCAGUCACGCCCACAAGCUGCGCCACGCCCACCACCACCACAGCCGCAGCCGCAGCCACAAUAUGUUCAGUAUGAGGAGGAGGAAGAGCCACCACGUCGUGUGCAAUACGCACAGCCAGCGCAGCAGCCUGCAGUGGGACCAGCGCCUCCACGCUUGCAAGUUCCUGGCGCUCAGCGCACCACAGAUGUGCUCUACUCGCCGCUGCAGCGUCCAGCGCGUCCGGAACCGGACUAUUCGCAGUCACAGAGCUUUGGUGAGGGCCCCUCCAAUGUGCGCAUCUCCAGACCGGUUUAUGCACUGCCGCCUGCAUCGCCCGCGCCCAACAGCGCACGCGCUCAAGGCUUUUUAGCUCCCGCUUCUGGCAGUCGCCCGCUGCUGGAGCAUGCAAACUUUGGACCCACCCAGGCGCCCGUUGCGCGUCCCGUGCAGCAGGCACAGCCUCAGCCCCAGCACAGCUAUCAGCCACAAGCUCAAGGACGCGUUGGCGGCAGUGGCAGUCUCUUGGAUCAGCUGGCACGCGAUUAUGCCUUGCCCCAGGGCAAUGCUCAGCCGCUGCAUGACAUAAGCUUUGGCUACUACUAAGCUUUUGGGUUAGAUAGAAGCUGCAUGGAAGAGAGCCGCUUCUUUGCUUUGAGUCAGGUGCAUGCAACGAUACUCCAUGUUGAACUUUGUUCCCACUACUCUAAAUAUUCGCUAGUGAUGAUGCCUUGCUUCUAUAUAAAUUUUAGUUACCUACAUAAAUGUGUGUAAACUCCCCUUUUCGAGUGUUGCUGGGAAACGAUUUUACAAUUAAUAAAAAACAAAUUAUUGUCCUAA